AUGCCAAUCUUUAACAAUGUUAUUGGAAACGUCGGUGGUGCUAUCUUAGGCUGUUUGACUAAUGGUUACGUCUUUGGCUAUAUUAUGUCCUUUUUUGUGAAUUCUUACGUCGUUGAUAAUCUGGGAAGAAAGAUGGGAAUACAGAUCGGAAACCUCAUCGUGGUUAUUGGUGUCAUUAUCCAGAGUUGUGCAGGUGUUUGGAUUCAUAAUCUUCCAGAUAAUAAUACAGACAGAGAUGUUUUGGGUAUGCUAAUUGGUGCUAGAUUUGUUAUAGGUUUUGGUACGGGCCUUAUUUCGGUUGCGGGCCCCUGCUUGGUUAGCGAACUAUCUUAUCCUACACAUAAAUCGGCUACGACUGCUGCCUAUAACUCUUCGUGGUAUUUGGGGGCAAUUGUGGCAUCUUGGGUAUCAUAUGGAACAAAAGGCAUCUCCAGUAAUUGGAGUUGGAGAAUUCCAACUAUCCUUCAGGGGUUUUUCCCAGUUUUACAGAGCCUUCUUCUUCCAUUCUUUGUAUCAGAAUCACCUAGAUACUUGGUUGCUAAAGGCAAAGUGGAAGAGGGAAAAGCCAUUUUAUCCAAAUGGCAUGGUGGUGAUCUCAAGGAAAGUGAAAUGCUUGUGGAUUACGAAUUAACGGAAAUUCAGUUAGCCCUUGAACAAGAAAGAAUCCAGCAUGAAGAAUCAUCUUACAAAGACUUUAUCAAGACUGCUGCAAAUCGUAAGAGACUAUGGAUUUUCUGCUGGCUUUCAGUCUUCAUGCAGCUUUCGGGCAACGGAUUGGUGUCAUACUAUCUCAGUAAGGUGUUGACCUCUAUUGGAAUCACCUCUACCAGUGAACAAUUGGUCGUUAAUGCUGGAUUGACAAUAUACAACUGGGGUUGCUCUCUCAUUCAAUCAUUAUUCAUUGUUCCUCGCAUCAAAAGAAGACAUGCGUUCAAUUGUUCCCUCUUUGGAAUGCUUAUAUGCUUUAUCAUUUGGACUAUAUUGUCAGCUGUUAACCAGGAGCGUGAUUUCAAGGAUAAAUCGUUAGGAAAAGGUGUCUUAGCCAUGAUAUUUUUAUACUACUUCUGUUACAACUUUGGUUUGAACGGUAUGCCUUACAUGUAUCUUACUGAAAUUCUUCCAUUCACUUUGCGUGGUAAAGGCAUCAAUUUAUUCUCUUUUAUUGGGUGCUUUUUUUCGAUUUACAAUGGUUUUGUCAAUUCAAUUGCCAUGGAUGCCAUUGAAUGGAAGUACUACAUUGUCUACUGCUGUAUUUUAGGUGUUGAAUGUUGCGUUGAAUACUUUACGUUUGUUGAAACCAGUGGUUACACUUUGGAGGAGGUCGCAGAAGUGUUUGGCGAUGCUUCUGAAAUAAGAAAGGCUAGUGGUAUGGCUGUUAUGGAGGAGGAAAAACUUAAGGCAAGUAGAGAGCAUACUGAAUAUGCUUGA